GAGCAGCCCGGUGAUCCGGAUCAAGGAGGAGCCCCCCAGCCCCACGCGGAGCCCUUUAUUAUUCCCAUUAUUCCCAUUUACUUUUCCCGUUUGUCCUUCCCGCAGGAGCAGCCCGGUGAUCCGGAUCAAGGAGGAGCCCCCCAGCCCCACGCGGAGCCCGCAGGUGGAGGAGCCCAAGAACCCCGGGAAUUCCGGGAAUUCCGGGAAUUCCGAGACCCCCCUGUCCCCCUCCACCUUCAUCGACUCCAUCCUGCGGGAGAACGACUCCGGAGCCGCUCCCGGGAAUCCCCAAUCCCAGGAAAAGUGCCUGAGCGUCGCCUGCCUCGACAAGAAUGAGCUGAACGAGCACCUGGACACCAUCGACUCCAGCCUGGACAAUCUGCAGGCGAUGCUGAGCACGCACGGCUUCAGCAUGGACAGCGCCCUGCUGGACAUCCAGGAUCUCCUCUCGUCCCAGGAGCAGCAGAAGCCGACGGAGGCCGAGCCCGGCGCCGGGGACUCCGGGAAGCAGCUGGUGCCCUGCACGGUCCAGCCCCUGUUCCUGGUGGAUUCCAGCGCCGUGGACGUCGGGUCCGGGGACCUUCCCAUCUUUUUCGAGCUGGGGGAGGGGCCGUGCUUCCCGGACGGGGACGAGUAUCCCGAGGAAUAUCCCGAGGAUCCCACGCCCAAGGACCCUUAGGGAUGGGGACAGGGACAGGGACAGGAGCGGGGAAAGGAUCCCAAAAAAAAAGGAUCCCAAAAAAGGAUCGGGAAAAGGGAAGGAAAGCCCCGAGCGACUCCUCCUGCUUCGCACAGACCCCGGAGCCGCCGCCGCCCUCGGAGCGUCCCGGGGGAUCCCGGGGGAUCCUGGAGCAUCCCGGGAAAUCCCAGAGCAUCCCAGAGAAUUCCAGGAGAUCCUGGAGAAUUCUGCGGGAUCCUGGAGCAUCCCAGGAAAUCCUGGAGGAUCCCAAAGCAUCCCAGGAAAUCCUAGAGCAUCCCAGAGAAUUCCAGGAGAUCCUGGAGAAUUCUGGGGAAUCCUGGACGAUCCCAGGAAAUCCCGAAGCAUCCCAGAGAAUUCCGGGAAAUCCCGGAGAACUCAAGGAGAUCCCAGAGCAUCACAAGGGAUUCAGGAGGAUCCCAGAAAAUCUUGGAGCAUCCCGGAAAAUCCUGAAGGGUUUCAGGAAAUCCUGGAGAAUUCUGGGAGGUCCUGGAGGAUCCCAGGAAAUCUUGGAGGAUCCCAAAGCAUCCCAGGAAAUCCCAGAGAAUUCCAGGAAAUCCCGGAGGACUCAAGGAGAUCCCAGAGCAUCACAAAGGAUUCAGGAGGAUCCCAGAAAAUCUUGGAGCAUCCCAGAAAAUCCUGAAGGGUUCCAGGGAAUCCUGGAGCAUCUCGGGGAAUCGUGGAGGAUCCCAAAAUAUCCUGGGAAUCCCGGAGUAUUCCAGGAGAUCCCAGAGCAUCACAAAGAAUUCCAGAGGAUCCCAGGAAAUCCCAGAGAAUUCCAGGAAAUCCUGGAGAAUUCCUGGAGAUCCCAGAGCAUUCCAGGAAACCCCAGAGCAUCACAAAGGAUUCCAGAGGAUCCAAAAAAAUCCUGGAGCGUCCCGGAAAAUCCUGAAGGCUCCCAGAGAAUCCUGGAGGAUCCCAAAUCAUCCUGGGAAUCCCAGAGGAUCCCAGAAAAUCUCAAAGGAUUCCAGAAAAUCCUGAAAGAUCCCAGAGGAUCCCAGAAAACCCUGGAGUGUCCCAGAUCAUUCCAGGAGAUUCCAGAGGAGCCCAGAAAAUCCUGAAGGAUCCCAGAGGAUCCCUUGGUUCUCGUGCUCCCAAAUCCCAAAAUUCCCGGAAUCGGAGCCGGAUCCCUCCCGGAAAAAGGGGGAUCCACCCGAUCCCGGGGAUCCCUGAAUCCCAAAAUACCCCAGAAAACAACGGAAAACCCGGGAUUCACGGGGUCCUGAAACACCCCAAAACCCUGUGGGACCCCAAAAUUUGGCAGUGCCAGGAGACCCCAAGGUCAAGGGAACCCCAAAAUCCUGUGGGAUCCCCAAAAUCCAAUGGGAUCCCAAAAUCCCGUGGCAUCCUAAAAUCCCAUGGCAUCCCAAAACCUGGCAGUGCCCAAAUCCCACAGGACCCCACAGGGCCAGGGGGACCCCAAAAUCCGCUGGUGCCCCAAAACCUGGCAGUGCCCUAAAUGCCACGCGACCCCAAAAUCCUGUGGAAUCCCAAAAUCCAGUGGCACCCCAAAGCCUGGCGCUGCCCCCAAAGCCAUGGGACCCCAAAAUCCUGUGGGAUUCCUAAAUCCAAUGAGUCCCCAAAACCUGGCAGUGCCCCAAACACCAGGGCAAACACCCCAAAAUCCCACAGGACCCCAAAAAACCCCCCAGCCCCUCUUCCAAUUCCUGCUCUGGGCGCUCCCGGUGUUUAUUCCUUUAUUCCCUCUGGGAAUCCCGCUGGAAUUCUGGAGGAAUCCUGUUGGAAUUCUGGGAAAAUCCCACUGGAAUUUCGGGGGAAUCCCAAUGGAAUUUUGGGGGAUCCCGCUGGAAUUUUGGGUGAAUCCCGCCGGAAUUCCGCGCGCUCCCGG